GAGAGGCAGAGUUGUCCUCCUGGCCGCCAUUAAAGAAUUCAAUCCAUGAAUUGAAAUAAUGGAAAUCUGCAGGACUCACGGAUCAGUGAGAUUGAAGUAGCCGAUAAGUAAUCUCGCGAAAUCCGUGGCGAAUUCAUUUUUAGGAUCUUUUUUAACCAUGUCACCGGAUUGUGAUCGUUUCGGAACAUGGGAGGGCGGUGUGGCUAAAGGUUUUAUUGGGCUGGCUAGCGUCGGCUCUUCGGUAUGUUAGCUCUGGGGCUAGCAGGCUAACAGCGAUCAGGGGGAGGGGAGGAGGAGAGUUCCUUUGCUUUGAAAUUGUUUCGGAUCGGCUAGCUAGCACGUUAGCUCCCUGGGCACUAUGCUGUAGAGUUGAAGUGUUUGUUACCUAUGCGAUCUUGUAUUUUUGUCUCGCACACCACUUUGCAGCUCUCCGGGUGAACGUUAGCCUGUCCAUGCCACAUUAACAUUGUCCAUCGGACGCUGUGGCUGUGCAACAACAAGCUGACUGCUCACCCGAUCAGACAAUACACUUCAAAUUAGAUUUAUGAAUCGUAGAGCCUAAACCUUACGGUUUUCUGUUCGCUCUCUUAGCUGUAGUCGGGGUUAUUAAAUGAUCCGUGGCCAGCACCGGUAGAAGUUGUCUAUUAGCCUGAAGCUAGCUCCAUGUAGCCACCGGGCUGGCAGCGCUGAGCCGGGUGAUCGCCGUGAAAUAGCGUGAGGCGGCGGAGCAACUUGGGCGAAACAAGAGAUUACUCCUCGCAUUCAUUGAGACGAUGGAUUUUAACGUGACGGCCCCACACUGAAAAGCAGGAUGAGUUCGUGCUUUGUACCGAACGGGGCCAGCUUGGAGGACUGCCACUCCAACCUCUUCUGCUUGGCCGACUUGACGGGGAUUAAAUGGAGGCGUUUCGUGUGGCAGGGUCCCACCUCGUCUCCCAUCCUCUUCCCGGUGACUGAGGAGGACCCCAUCCUCUGCAGCUUCAGUCGCUGCCUUUCGUCGGACGUUCUGAGUGUAUGGAGGCGACACCAGACCCCGGGACGCAGGGAGCUAUGGCUCUUCUGGUGGGGAGACGACCCCAGCUUCGCAGAGCUGAUCCACAACGAGCUCUCAAGCGAGGAGGACGGGGAGUGGGAGAGCGGCCUGUCGUACGAGUGCCGCACGCUCCUGUUCAAAGCCAUCCACAACCUGCUGGAGCGCUGCCUCAUGAACCGCGGCUUCGUGCGCAUCGGGAAGUGGUUUGUGAAGCCCUACGAGAAGGACGAGAAGCCCAUCAACAAGAGCGAGCACCUGUCAUGUGCCUUCACCUUCUUCGUGCACGGCGACAGCAACGUGUGCACGAGCGUGGAGAUCGCCCAGCACCAGCCCGUGCAGCGGCUCAGCGAGGAGCACCUUGGCCUGGUCCAGCAGAGCUCCAGCCCGCUGCAAGUCAUCCUGAGCCCCUACGGCCUCAACGGAACCCUCACGGGCCAGGCGUUCAAGAUGUCGGACCACCCCACCCAGAAGCUCAUCGAGGAGUGGCGGCAGUUCUACCCCAUCAGCCCCACCCCCAAGGAGGUCCCGGAGGACAAGAUGGACGACGGCGAUUGGGAGGACGACUCGCUGGCGGCUGUCGAAGUCCUCGUUGCCGGCGUGAGGAUGGUGUACCCCGCCUGCCUCGUGCUCUUCCCCCUGUCGGACGUCCCGGCCGCGGCCCCCCAGGGCGCGGGCCACCCGUCGGGGAGCCUGUGUGGGGGGCAGCAGGGCCAGUCCUCGCACCGGGACCCCGCCAUGUCCUCCGUCACCCUCACGCCCCCCACGUCUCCCGAGGAAGCUCAGACCGACUGCCAGCCCGCCCAGCGGUGGCUGAAGCUGGCCUCCGCGACGGACGGCUUCAGCUCCAGCAGAGGGGGCCCCCACGGGGGCAAGGUCCCCAGCAGGCUGGCCUGCCAGGUGGUGGAGACGGUGUGGCAGGAGUACAACAUCAACCGCGCCGACAACAAGAGGAAGUUUUCCGCCCUGACCAACGGAACCUGUGAGAGCAAAACGGAUAGAACUGACCUUUGGGAUUUUUUGGAGCCCUCUCACCGGGCCCACUGCAAUUGCACAAGGCACAAGAACCAGAAGCAACGAACCAGCAGCACCUCAACGCACCCCCCGGCCUCGGGACCGCUCCCCACCCCGCCCCCCAAGCACAAGCUGGGGGAGAAGCUGGAGAAGGGCGACAAGCAGCCCAAGAGGCCCCAGACGCCCUUCCACCACCGCAGCACCGCCGCCGAGGAGCAGUACCCCGAGCCCCAGGUGCAGCGCUUCUGCCCGCGAGGAGCCCCCGAGGAGGGCUACCCCAGCCUGCACCACGUGGACACGGCGCCCUCCUCCAAGGCGCCGACGCUGCACCCCCACGGCCCGCCCUCCGACCUGGCCGGCUCCCCCCAGCCCCCGCCCCUCAGCCCCCACCCCUGCGUGCACGCGGAGGGCGAGCCGCCGGCCAUGAAGAGCUCGUCCACGCCCAUCCACCAGCCUUUCUACCCGCCCUCGGUGGAGCCCUGCAUGCUGCCCCAGAAGGGCCCCCACGCCGAGGAGCCCCACCUGGGCGCCAUGGCCCGGUCCUUCCCCCCGGCCUACGCCGAGUCCCUGGAGCCCGUCGUGUUCGUGGGCUCGGCCGUCAACCCCAACGAGGACUCGACCCACAACCCCUGGAAGUACUUCAACCUGCCCAGGAAGAGGGACUCGGACUUCCUGCCGCCGCCGCUGCCCGUGGACAAGAUCAGGGACUCGGGGGACUCAGGGGCCGGGCUGGACGCCAUCGUGUCCGUGACCGAGCUGAUGGCGGGGACCAGUCAGACGCUGAAGGUGUCCGCCGAGCUGCUGAAGACGUACGCCCAGCGGAGGAACAACCACCUGGUGUCGCUGAGCCGCGACGGCGACCACGGCGAGCUGGACCCCUACGCCUUCGUGGACGGAGACGGAGACGAGGACUUCAGCUUCGGCGAGAAGAAGGACAAGGCGGGAGAGAGGGACGCCAACAAGAAGCAAAACGGGGAAGACGACGGUGGAUCCUCUGCUGAUGACGGCCAGGGGGCUGCCAAGCCGCCCGCCUCCACCAGCCUGAUCCACGAGAACGACCUGGCCGUUUCCUAUAGCGACCUGGACAAGAUCUUCAACUCGGACGAGGACGACCUCGCGCCCGGGAUCAGACGAGCAGUCGCCGGCGGCGAAGACAAGUUCUCCAAGGACGGGAAGCCCAACACUCUGGACCCGCUGUCGUGCAUAAGCUCGGCGGACCUCCACCAGAUGUUCCCCACGCCGCCCUCCCUGGAGCAGCACAUCAUGAGCUACUCCCCCAUGAACCACGGGGGCAAGGACUACGGAGGGCUGGAGGGCGCGGCCGGCCUCUCGCUGCUGGACGGGGGGCUGCUCGCCGGCCACUUCAAGGCCGAGGUGGAGGAGGGCUUCUGCAGCCCCCGACCCGCUGAGAUCAAGGACUUCUCCUUCGUGUACAAGCCGGAGGCGUGCCCCGCGCUAGUGGGCUGUACCAUGUACGCCCCACUGAAGACGCUGCCCAGCCAGUGUCUGAUGCCCAUCAAACUGCCAGAGGAGUGCCUGUACACGCCAAGCUGGACCCUGGGCAAGAUGGAGCUGAUACCACCGGUCCAGUCCAUGGGCCUGCUCACCAAAGACGGCAACAUCCCCAGUGUGGAGCCCGACUACAGCCAGAGCUACACGCCCCAGACCCACACGCCCUUCAUGUCCAACAGCGCCCCGCCCAGCAACAGCGGCGCCGGCAUCCUCCCCUCGCCGGCCACGCCCCGCUUCUCCGUCCCCACGCCGCGCACGCCCCGCACGCCGCGCACCCCCCGCGGCCUCAAGUACGACAACUCGGACCUGUACUCGCCGGCGGCCUCCACGCCCUCCACCUGCCGCCCGCUGAGCUCGGUGGAGCCCGCCACGGUGCCCUCCAUCCCGGAGGCGCACAGCCUCUACGUCACGCUCAUCCUGUCCGAGUCGGUCAUGAACCUGUUCCGCGACUGCAACUUCGACAGCUGCUGCGUGUGCGUGUGCAACAUGAACAUCCGCGGCGCCGACGUGGGCGUGUACCUGAGCGACGACGGCGAGGCGCAGUACCCGUGCACGUGCGGCUUCAGCGCCGUGUCCAACCGGCGCUUCGGCCAGUCGGCCGGGCUGUUCCUGGAGGACGAGCUGGACGUGGUGGGCCGGGGCUCGGACUCGGGCCGCGACACGGAGAAGCGGUACGAGGAGCUGCGCGCCGCCUCCCUCCACCGGGGCGGCAGUCUGAAGGAGAAGCCCCCAGAUGAGCUGGUGCUGCUGCUGCAGGACCAGUGCACCAACCCCUUCGCCCCCGUGGCGGGCGUGGAGCUGCUGCUGCCGCGGCCCCUGGGCGUGCUGGCGCGCCCGUUUGUGCGCGUGGAGGAGCGAGACUGCUACAACGACUGCUACAUGGCGCUGGAGCACGGCCGGCAGUUCAUGGACAACAUGUCGGGAGGGAAGGUGGACGAGGCGCUGGUGAAGAGCACCUGUCUCCACCAGUGGCCGAAACAUAAAUCAGCGGACAUGAGCAAGCUGUUCUCACCGGACGUGCUGCGGGUGAUGCUGUCUCUGCAGCCCGUGCUGCAGGACACCAUCCAGAAGAAGAGGAGCGUCCGCUCCUGGGGCGUGCAGGGCCCCCUCACCUGGCAGCAGUUCCACAAGAUGGCCGGCAGGGGAUCCUACGGCACUGACGAGUCCCCCGAGCCGCUGCCCAUCCCCACCUUCCUGGUGGGCUUCGAGGUGGACUUCAUGGUGCUGUCGCCGUUCGGCCUGCCUUACUGGGAGAAGCUGCAGCUGGACCCCUUCGGCUCCCAGAGGGACCUGGGCUACGUGGUCAUCUGCCCGGACAACGACGCGCUGCUCAGAGGGGCCCGCACCUUCUUCAAGGACCUCACCACCAUAUACGAGGCGUGCCAGCUGGGGAAGCACCGGCCCAUCUGUAAGAGCUACGCCGAGGGCAUCGUGAAGGUGGGCGCGGCGGAGGACCGCUGUGCCACGGAGCAGCCGCUCAGCGACUGGUUCCUCAAGAUGACCGCCAGGGACGGGAACAACGACGCCUUCAACAAGCUCAAGCUAUUCGCCCAAGUGUGCCGCUACGACCUCGCUCCGUACCUGUCGGGGCAGUCGCUGGACGCCUCGCUGCUGUCCCAGCGCAGCCCGGCCCCGCCCGCCUCAUCCCACACUCCCAGCAGCUCCUCCAGCAACACCUCAGGUCCCCCGUGCUCCAACACUACCAGCUCCGGCGCCGGUGCUGCUGCCACCCCCACCGCCGCCGCCGCCGCCGCCGCCCUGCCUGCCCAGGUCAACAGCACCCCCGCCCCCUCCGCCUCAGGCCCCCAGACCGUCGGGGGAAUGGCCUCCACCAAGCCUAGCGCCUACACCCCCUUCGGGACGUCGACCACGCAGGGAAGCGCCUCUCAGAACGGGCCCCAGCUGACGCCCCAGGGAGCGGCGGGCCCCGGGGAGAACGGCCCCAACGCCAACCAGCCUCAGGUCACCGUCGAACCCCCCAACGAGAGCACAUUGGACCGGGACAAGGUGGGCAAGCCCACGGACGGCGAGUCGCACGCCAUCUCGUACCCGCCCGCCAUCGUGGUGUACAUCGUGGACCCCUUCAGCUACGAGGACGCGGACCGCGAGGUCCGCUCCAGCGUCUACACCCUGGGGCUGCUGCGCUGCUACCUGGAGAUGCUGCAGUUCCUGCCCCCCAACAUCAGGAACGCGCUCUCCGUGCAGAUCGUUCCAUGCCAGUACCUGCUGCAGCCGGUGCGCAGCGGCCAGCGGCACCUCUACGCCCAGCACCUCAAGUCCCUGGCCUUCUCGGUCUUCACCCAGUGUCGACGCCCACUGCCCGGCUCCACCCACUUCAAGGCCCUGACCGGGUUCGGCCCCGGGCUGGCCAUCGACAUGGCCCUCAAGAGCCCCGAGCGGCCGGAGUGCGUGCGUCUGUACACGCCGCCCUUCAUCCUGGCGCCCAUCAAGGACAAGCAGACGGAGCUGGGCGAGACGUUCGGCGAGGCGUCGCAGAAGUACAACGUGCUGUUCGUGGGCUACUGCCUGUCCCACGACCAGCGCUGGCUGCUGGCCUCCUGCACCGACCAGCACGGGGAGCUGCUGGAGACCUGCAUUAUCAGCAUCGACGUGCCCAACAGGGCUCGGAGGAAAAAGGGCUCUGCCCGCCGGGUGGGCUUGCAGAAGCUGUGGGACUGGUGUCUGGACCUGGUGCAGGUGACAUCGCUGCCCUGGAGGGUCGUGAUCGGACGGCUGGGCCGCAUGGGCCAUGGAGAGCUGAGAGACUGGAGCAUUCUGCUAAGCAGGAGGAACCUGCAGUCGCUCAGCAAGCGCCUGAAGGAGACCUGCAAGAUGUGCGGCAUCUCGGCCGCCGACACUCCCAGCAUCCUCAGCGCCUGUCUGGUCGCCAUGGAGCCGCAGGGGUCCUUCGUCAUCAUGCCAGACUCGGUGUCGACGGGCUCGGUGUUCGGCCGCAGCACCACGCUCAACAUGCAGACGUCGCAGCUGAGCACGCCGCAGGACACGUCGUGCACGCACAUCCUGGUGUUCCCCACGUCGGCCAUGGUGCAGGUGAACACCAACACCACGGAGCCAGACCUCACCUUCAACCCCAUCAACGCAGAUGGCUCAGAAGGGAUGGGCUUCUUCGACCUGUUCGACCACGACAUGGUGGACCCCGAGCUCAUCAACAUCCUGCCUACCUCGCCCACCACCUCCCCGGUACACUCCCCUGGAUCACACUACCACCAGGGAGGAGACGGCAGCAAGGGCCACAACACGGAUCGCAUGGAGUCCCACGAGGAGGCCUUGAACAUCCUGCAGCAGCCCAUGGCCCUGGGCUACUUCAUCUCCACCGCCAAGGCUGGCCCCCUGCCCGACUGGUUCUGGUCCGCCUGCCCACAAGCCAAGAACCAGUGCCCGCUCUUCCUCCAGGCGUCCUUGCAUCUGCACGUGUCUUCGGUCCAGUCAGACGAGCUCCUCCACAGCAAACACUCCCACCCGCUGGACUCCAACCACACCUCCGACGUGCUCAGAUUCGUGCUGGAGCAGUACAACGCCCUCUCCUGGCUGACGUGCGACCCUGCAACGCAAGACCGGCGCUCGUGCCUGCCAGUCCACUUUGUGGUGCUGAACCAGCUGUAUAACUUUAUCAUGAACAUGCUCUGAGCUCCGUGAGCCACAGGAUCCGCCGCUGGGAGAGGAUCGCUGUUCACUGAAAUUCAUGGAUUUGUUGUGCUUAUAACAAAAAGAAGAAGAAGCGAGCGCGCCCCUCCGUGCCCCGGACAGGAAGUGACCUCGCUCCACCACGGAGACGUCGGAGCACGCCGUAGAGGGGGGGGGGGGAGACGCAGACUCUUCGUGUCGUCAACGCAACCACGACUGACCGGGCCUUUUCAAUCAAGCCAAUGCCAAGAAUUCAUUUUAGCAUUUCGGAUGAUCAAGGGACUUUUCAUAAAGGAGAAUAAAUUGUCUUUUUAAUGACUGUAGAUUGCAAUCUAUGAAAUUUUAUCCUAAUGAAAUGCCUGCAUAUAUUAUUUAUUGUAAGUUUUUAAAUGUGGAAUUUUUAAUGCUUAAUAUCUUUUAUAUAUUACAAAUCCUGGCGGGUGUGUACAUUGCCAUCUCACUGUAAAGGAAUGGGUUUCGAUAAAAAGUGGUGUAAUUUUCCCAAUUACAGUUACGAUAAAAAGAAGCUGUUCACGUGGAUUUGCUGUAGAUUGCUUGUAGAGUAUUAUUUUUCCAGAGGGUACAUACCUUUUUAUUGCCAUGCUGUAAAAAUGAAGUAGGCUGGCCUGGGCAUUUGUGACCCAACCCACGAGUGGAUGAGACUUACCUCUCUGUGCUAUCGGUGCCAGAGUCUCUCGCACAGUCAAACUCAACGAGCUCUGACAAACAGGAGGAACAUGAGAAGGUACAUUGUCAGAUUAUAUAUUUUAUAUAACAGAUUUAGGUAAUUGUGUGUGUGUAUAUGUGUAAAUAUAAUUGUGUGCCGCUACUGAUGGUGCAGCUUCAGUUUUAGGAAUAAAGUGCGUCUACGUAA